ACGUUACAUUUAUUUGUUUUAUAGGGUGUAAAAUAGUAACUGCAUGACAACAUAAAACACUCUUAUUUCUAAGUUUCUCUACUUAAUUAAUAUAUUUAUUAGUAACGAUGAUAAAUUGUUUUGUAAAAAGAGAACAGUCAUUCUAGAAUAUAAUCUAACUUAUAUGUUUACGUUAGAUAGUAUUGUGAUUUGACCUCUGGCUUAUAGUAGCUCAUCUGCUAUGCAGCAUGUUAAUGAUAACAUCAGUUUUUCUUUUAUUAUCUGUUCUCAUUAUAUGUGAUUGUUUAUUAUGUGAUAUAUUGGUUCAAGUUUAUUGUAGUUAGAAUUCAUAUAAUGGAGAAAAUUGAUAAACUUAAACAAUAUAAUAUUACAUAUACAAUUAUAAAUAUUGAGUCUGAUACUAACCUGAGCAAAAUUGAUUAUUUAGAGAAUACCAUGUUGGAUAAUUCUACUGCCAUUCAACGUCCAAAAGACCAAGCUUCUGCUAAUGGAGCUCGAAGGAGUGCUGAAAAAGAGAGAUCCAUUCGAUCGAUGGAGCACAAUUCAAGUGUCCAUCCACACAUUUCGAAUUUGGAUGCGGAUCACUUAACACUCUGGAAACAUCCAGUUACAACGUUACAUUAUUUCGCUAACGAAGUGUUUAUUAAUGUGCUUAGUUUAGCCAAGAAAACAUUGCUCUACAAACGAACUGUUUGCGCUAUAAUUUCAAUUAUAGUAUUAUUUCUUCUGUCAGGCAGAAUCUCCGGUCCCCAACAAGAGAUUUUUAAAUUAUGGGAAGCCAAAAUUAUGUGGUGGUUAUAUUGGGUAGGAUUAGGUGUAUUAUCAAGUGUAGGUCUUGGUACAGGUUUGCAUACCUUUGUAUUAUAUUUAGGGCCACAUAUAGCAGCUGUUACUAUGGCAGCAUAUGAGUGCGGUGCUCUAAACUUUCCUGAACCACCAUAUCCUGAUCAAAUAAUAUGCCCAACAAAGAUCGAUCCAAUGUGGACUGUAGGUAUAUUAAAUAUUAUGAAAAAAGUGCGCGUAGAGGCCAUGUUAUGGGGUGCUGGUACCGCACUUGGCGAGUUACCGCCAUAUUUUAUGGCCAGGGCUGCAAGAAUAAGUGGAAAAAGUGGUACGAAUGAAAAUUGUGAUCAAGAAGAUCUGAAAGAAUUAGAAGCUUUGGAAGCAUUAGAAAAUGGAGAGAACAUUUCGUUUGUGAUGCGUAUGAAAUUAAGCAUGAAGCGAUUUGUUGAAAAGGCUGGAUUCUGGGGUAUAUUAGCUUGUGCAUCGAUUCCAAAUCCAUUGUUUGACCUGGCUGGUUUAACAUGUGGACAUUAUCUCAUUCCAUUCUGGACAUUCUUCGGUGCAACUCUUAUAGGAAAGGCUGUUAUUAAGAUGCACAUACAGCAAUUAGCAGUGAUCAUAGCCUUCAAUGAAGAACUUUUAGAUAAAUUUAUUAGCUUGUUAGCGAUUGUACCGUACGUUGGUACAAAAUUCCAAGAACCAUUAAAGAGGUAUUUUAUUGCACAGAAACAGAAGCUGCACGAUAAAUCAUCUAUGGAAGGAGCGACUGCAAUAUCAUGGCUGUUCGACAAGUUUGUAACGUUGAUGGUUUGUUAUUUCUUAAUGACAAUUGUUCAUUCACUAGCGCGAAAUCAUCAUCGUAGACGAACCAAGCCAGCCAUCGAUUAAAAUUUAUAAAAGACAUAGAAUAGUUAGAAAUAUGAAAUUAGUUCCACUAUAACAUAUUUAUAUAGAUAAAUACAAUUCAUUUUCGACGGGGCAAGAAAAAUAAGAGAACGUAAGGAAUGUGUUAUAAAUUUCAUAUAAUUUCGGUGUUAGAUAGAAACGUUUUGUACACGACGGUGCAACAUUAAGCGACUUUAUUCCCCCCUUUUUUUCUGAAUAUACGUUCGCAUUGUUACAACACUUUGUAAAAGUAUCCGUUACAAGGAUAUAUCCUGUUAUGUAGAUGUUUACAUGUGCGUGUGCGCGCGCGUAUGAGUGAUGCGUGCGUGUGUAUGUGUGUAUGUGUAUAUAGACACCAGUGUCUUUUAUAAACAAGGUUUAUGUACAGUGCAUGAAACAAAUAUCCAAUGAUAUUCUACAAACCUUCUUGCAUAAUCAAUUUGUAUUGGAGCUUCUGCAUAUUACAUUGAUAGCAAGAAUUAAAUUAAAACAUUUGCGAGUGAUGAAAAAAAAUACAUGCUGUAAUAAAUAAAACUAGUAUCUAGCCAGAUUUCUAUAAGUUUUGUAUACGCGUUUUUAGCACAUACGGGAGUGAUGAAUCUUAAAUUAUCAACCCAUAAUCUUUCGCAUUAAUAAAAAGAUUUAUAAUUAACGACUGAUACAGCAAACGAAUUAUUAUAAAUAAAAGACAUUAAAUAAGUCAAGUUGAAUUUUAAUCAUUAAGGUAUAAAUGUGAAUACGACUUUAUUAUUUAAUAAAGUUUUUUAUAACAAA